GGUCCACGUGCUGUCAGGUACAUAAAGAGCAGUCGGCGAUCGAACUUGUUCCGCCUUGUUGAUAAUCUUAUCCAUCGCUCUCCGGUGUUACUCCAAUUUACCACGAACGGCCAUCUCCCCAUUCCUUUAAAGUGACCUGGCCAUUUCUCUUGUAAUUCCUUUUUAUUUCUUCUACAAUAAUCUCUACUUUCCGUCGCGCACAAUCCAUUUUUCAGAUAUGUUCCGCACUCGAGUAACGUCAGCAGCCUGCGCUGCUGCCCAAAAAGUUCCAGCUGCACGAAGUUUUGCAACAGCUUCACCAGUGAGCUCUGCUUCUCGGAACCACAAGGUCGUGGUAAUUGGUGGUGGUACUGCUGGUCUGUCUAUCAGCCAUCAGCUUCUUAAUUCUGGCAAAUUUACUCAAGAUGAUAUUGCGGUUGUCGACCCGGCAGCAUGGCACCAUUAUCAGCCCGGAUGGACUUUGGUUGGGGGUGGACUUAAAACCAAGGAGGAGCUGCGCCGGCCAAUGAACAGUCUGAUUGAUCCUAAGCUCAAAUUUUACAACGACAGCGUGUCCACGUUUUCCCCCGAGGAGAAUCUUGUUACUCUCGGUAAUGGCGACAGGGUCAACUAUGAACAGCUAGUUGUGGUGCCCGGCAUUAACAUUAAUUAUGGCAGCAUCGAGGGUCUGCCGGAGGCUCUGGAGUCUCCAGACUCUCUUGUCUCUACUAUCUAUGGUUACGACACAUGCGAUAAAGUCUUCCGCACCGUCCAAAAACUCCAGAAAGGUGUUGCUCUUUUCACACAACCUGCCGGUGUGGUCAAAUGCGCCGGCGCGCCGCAAAAGGUCAUGUGGCUCGCAUUGGACCAUUGGAAGAGAGCCGGCCUCUACGACCCGAGCAACUCCUCCAAUUCUGCUAUCAAUAUCAGCUUUGCCACUGCUCUCCCAGCCAUGUUUGGUGUGCCUAAGUACAGUGCUACACUUGAAGCUCUGCGGAAGGAAAGAGGCGUCGAGGGACUCUUCCAGCAUGACCUCGUCGCUAUCGAAGGCAACACAGCCACUUUUGCUCGUCCCGAUGGACAGGAGAAGGUUAAGAAGCAGUUUGAUCUGCUGCACGUUGUGCCCAAGAUGGGCCCCCAUGCAUUUGUCAAGAACAGUGCUCUGGCGAAUGAGGCUGGAUUUGUCGAUGUCGAUGACAGCACCAUGCGUCACAAGAAAUUCUCUAACGUCUGGUCUGCGGGCGAUGGCUCCAGUCUUCCUACAGCCAAAACAGCUGCGGCAAUUACUUCCCAAUCGCCCAUCCUUGUCCGUGGUUUGCUUUCCACAAUGGAGGGCAAGGAGCCCGAAGGCAACUAUGACGGUUAUACCUCAUGCCCUCUGCUGACAGAAUACGGCAAGGUUCUUUUGGCUGAAUUCAAGUACGGCGGACAGCCCAAGGAGACUUUUGGUAACUUGCUCGGUAUCGACCAAGCUACUCCUCGCCGUGCAUUCUAUCAUCUGAAGAAAGAUUUCUUCCCUUGGGUAUACUACCAAGCCAUGGUCAAGGGCAAAUGGGGCGGUCCUAAGGGUUGGCUUAACUAGAAGAGCCUGGAGCUCGUGUGUACUAUACUUCUUGGGACAGCCAAAUACUGGAAGCUUUUAAGUUAGCGAAAAAUUACAUUUUACAAUCCAUGUACAUAAUAAUCUAUAAAAUUGUAUAACUUGCUCCUAUAGUCUUCA